AUGGCCUCAAAUACCGUUUCUGUCGACCUCAAAGAUUUCCUCAAUAGAAUCACAAACUCCCCCGAGAACGCACCUGGACUGCUUGAAACAUUUUUACAGCAGUCAGUUCGACCAUCCGUACCUUCAAUCGUGAGGUUCAUCACAUUCUCGAUCGCUGAUAACGAUCUUAGAUAUAGAAUUUUAACUAUUUUGGUUCGAGAAUAUGGCGAAGAGACCGAAAUACAUGACGGUUUUCUGUCAUUCGUGGAAUCUGCAAUCUUGGUAAGUUCUAAAAUCAUAACAAAAGAGUAUUCGUUUAUUCAGGAGCCGACUGAUUCAUUGAUUGAAUUAGUAACAGCCAUAAUUCAGGAAUGUGGGCCUUGGUUGGGAAAGGCUGGUAUAAAACAUCUGAAGUGCUUCUUUUCGACGACAGACAUAGCUCAUUCCGCAAUGCUUGUACGAUUGCUGAACACAUGCAUUAUUUGGAACAAAGAGUUUAUUCCAGUAAGCUAUAAUUAACUUAAUAUUAUUCUGUUUUAGUACGCCAAGGUCCUUCCCCGAUGUAAAUCCGAUAACCCCGACUUGCAAGCUGCUCUCUCAGAAUGCCAAAUGUUUUGCAGUGCUAGUGUAAUGUGA